AUGCCUCUGUUGAGACCGAAAACCGAACACCAUAUCGGUUUUAUUCACGCAGAGAAUGGAGGCCCCGACCAGCUUAAAAUAUGGACCCACGCUCAACAGACCGCCGCGAUCAACGACCAAUUCUCGGAGUUUUGCUCACCAAAUGACGAAAAUCUUUUCCCGUGCCUCCUGAUCGAGGGAAAAUCAGAAUUAACCGAGGGUCACUUCACGAAGCUGAGUCACAGCUAG